AUUCGUACGAACUUCUGAAAUUCGGAACAUCAAACAUCCAUAAUGACGAUCACCAAUACGAUCCCCGAGCAUCAAGACCAGCACGCUCAUGCAACAGGGCUCCAAUGCUCACAGUCAAGCACAGGAAGCUCACGAUCGCCGUACCAAGGAAGAAUUGGGCUGGUCACGGUCCAAAUUGACGAAGACUUCAACGACGUGCCUGAAGUCAUGAUCGACACUCCAACUGCUGGAACUCCAAAGCUCUCCCCAAUUUCUCCCGGGCAAAAGCUUAACAAGACAAAGGUGUAUAGAUCACACCCACGGGGACAGUACAACAAGUUCGUCACUACCCCAUCCAUGCAGGGCGCAGGAAACGCAUUGAGUUUUGCUGAUGCCAACAUUCAAGGUGACAGUGUGGAUUCACCUCAACCUUUCUGAACGAAACCAUGAAAUCCACUUGUACCAUUCAGGAUAAAUAAGACGAUUCUCUGAGCAAUAUGAAUGGUUAUAAUGUAAUCAAUCAGGAAAACUCUUCGGAAUAAAAUUUUCUUCGUGAUCAACGCAAUAGUGUGAUCAUAAAGUAAGUAAAUUUCGGAAACAAAUAAAAAUAUUUC